AUGGGACUAUCGGAAGCCUUUAUUCUCUAUGGCACUGUGUACAGUGCAGAGUAUGUGGGUGGUGUGUUCUGGAUAAUCUUCUCCCACGUUUCUGUUUCUGCGAAGGAGUCACUGUGCACCAAGGAAUCUCAAGAUUAUGCCUCCUGGGACAGACAGUCCCAUCCUGCCACCAUCGUGCUAUGCAGAUCCAAGAGCAGCCAGGCUUCCCUGGUGCCCAAGGAACACCAGAUGUUUAUGGAGGAGGCCUACAAUUCAGCCAUCUGCUUCAAGAUGCUGCGGGACAUAGGCACCUCAGACCCUCUGCAACUAAAGUACAUCACCAAGAAGAUGAAGAAGAUGUCUCAGAGGUCCCCCAGCUUGGUGAUGGAAAGCAUCCAUGACUACUUCAAAGACAACCCAGAGAUCUCCAACCGGCACAGGUUCCGACUCUUCCAGGCCCUGCAGGCCGUCAUUGGAGCCCGUGAUGUCUUGGAAGAGACAUGGCAGAAGUACUUCAUGCAGCUGGCCCUGGAGCACAUGACCAAGUCCACGGAACUGGAUGAUAUAUACCAGGAUGCAGCCAGCAAUGUGUUACUGGCCCUCUGUCGGCAUUCGUGGCCAGCAGUGGCCAAGCACUUGGAGACGGAGCUCCUGACGGGUGUCUUCCCACACCGCAGCCUGCUGUAUGUGAUGGGCAUCCUGUCCUCCCAAGAGGAGCUUCUCAAGAAAGAAGACAGAGGGAGCUGGAAAGAUCUGCUGGCCCAGAUAGCCAGAAAGUCGGUGCCAUUCCUGAACACAGAUGUGUGGUCCAAGGAAUUGCUGUGGACCCUUACCAAGUCUGACCGGACGCAGCAAGCACACACCCCAGAGAAGGACUUCCUGUUCAACUACUAUGGGCUAAUCCUUCAAGCUGAGGAGAACACCACCACCGUCAGAACACACCUCAAAACCCUCUUGGAAACGUCUCACCAGUGGCCCAAGCAGAGGGAGGGCAUUGCUGUCACGGUGGGGCUGGCUGCAGUACGCCACUUGGACGAUGCCUGGGCCAUCCUAGAACAGUUUGGACGGAGCACGUCCGUCAAGUGGAGCUUACAGAACUUCUCCCUGAAGAGCCUCGAGGACCUUCGGUGGAAAUGGGCUGGCAGCACCAUCCUCCUCUCCUACGGCCAGAUGGCAGCCAAGGCCAAGAGCUACAUCCUGCCGUGGGUGGACAAUAUCUUGUCCAGGAUGAUCUUCUACUUCCGCUUCAGCAACUGGGAUGAAACCCUGAAACAAAGCUUCCUUACGGCCAUCACGAUGCUUGUGGGAGCCAUCAGCCGGAGCGAGGGUGCCCACAGCUACGAGUUCUCCCAGACUAGCGAGCUCCUGGAAUGUCUGAUGAUACUGAUGGAGAAAGAGCCACAAGACACGCUGUUCACCAGCAUCCGCCAACAGGCCAUCCGUAUUGUCGCCAGCCUCUGCGCACUGAGACCACCCAUGGAUGUGGACAGGAAAUCCCGGCUCCUCUCCAUCUGUUUCCGCAGCGUCUUUGCCCUGCCACUGCUGGAUGCCCUGGAGAAGCACACCUGCCUCUUCCUGGAACCACCCAACAUCCAGGUACAGCCUGCACUUAAGCCCGGGGGGACUCUCAGUGGCCUUGGCCCUCAUCCCUACGGGACCUGGCUGACCUCCUCCCUUCCGCAGGGACUGUACAACCAGACCAUGGAGGGGAUGGACCACAUGCUACAGUGUUUCAUGAUGCAGAACCCCACAACCAAUGAGCUGUACUUCCUGUUGUCGCACCUGUAUGUCUGGCUGGCAUCAGAGAAGGCUCACGAGCGACAACGGGCUGUGCACAGAUGCACAAUCCUCUUCAAAUUCCUGAACUAUAAACGAUGCCUAGACAUCAAGGAGCCCUUCAGAAGGAUGGGGCAACUGGUGGCCAUGCUGGGGAUCCUGUGCCAGGACGCAGACAGAACCAUCCAAUGCUUCAGUUUAGAAGCCAUGGGCCAUCUCUAUCAGCUUUUGAUGUACCACAAAGCAGGAGAAGUUCCAGAGGUAGAGAGGGAGACCCUUGAGGAACUCCCUCCGCCUGAUGCCAUUGGAACUGCCCUCUGGAGCAGUGGAGACCAGAAGGACACUCUUCUGAUCCCCCAGGAUAUGGCAUCCAAAAAUGACAGCAUCUUCUUCAUGGGCAGCAACCAAGUUAUAAAGGAGAUCACGGGUCAUCUUGAAAUGGCAGAGCUGACUGACCUCAUCUGGACAACCAUCGAUGGCUUGGGCUCUACCAGCUCUUCCUGGGUGCAGGCAUCUUCCAAUAUGCUUUUCCUUGUCAUCCAGGAGCAUGGGGACAACCUGGCAACUGUGGGUAAAAUGGGCCAGGCCAUCCACCACCACCUCUGUGCCAUCCAACUGCCCCAAGCCAAGAACAAUGCCCUGCGUGUUAUCACCUUCCUGGCCCGGAACCACAUCCCAGAGCUGGUGGCUGCCUUCCUGGACUUUUCCACUCCCCUGGACAGCCAUGUCUUUUGCCUGUGGAAGGCCCUGGGAGCUGAAGAGCCUGCAAGCCAUUUGAUUCUGACUGUGCUGAUGGCCUGGCUGCGGAAGAGGCCUCUGCCCUCUGGUGCCAAUGACAGCAGUUCCUGUCCCAAGGAGAAACCUUACUUGCGUUCACUGGCCGCCAUGUACACAAUUCACGAGCUACAGUUCGCCAGAGAGUUCAAGAGAGCCGUGAGGGAUGCCUUUCCCCAGCUGUUCCUGGCCCUUCUGGCGCAAAUGCAUUAUAUCCUGGAGCUGGACCAACCCACAGAGCCUGAGCAAGAGCAGAAAGCCCAAGAAGCAGCCAUGCCAAGUCCUCAGAGCUGCAGCACAUCACUGGAGGCCCUGAAGAGUCUGCUGUCCACCACGGGACACUGGCAUGACUUUGCUCACCUGGAACUGCAGAGUGCCUGGGAGCACUUCACAUCCAUCAACACCUACCCGCAGGCCGUGGGCCUCCUUGCCAGGGCCAUGGUGCAGAAUCACUGCAAACAGAUCAAGGCCGUUCUCAGCUACUUAUUGCCCGGCCUGCAGAGCCAGCAGGAGCGAGAAAGGAAGACCGCCAUCCUGGUCCUCAUUGAGUUCCUCUAUAGCCCUGCCCUGUUGGAGGUGAUUUCUAAGCAGACUGCACUGACGGUACUGGCCCAAAGCCUCCAGGACACCAGCCCCGAGAUCCGUGUGGCCAGCCUGCAGGGCCUUGGAAACAUACUCUUCCACGCGGAGAAGGGAACCCUGCUCAGAGGUCAACUGCCAGCUUUCCUCAAUGGCUUCUUCCAGAACAACGAGGCGGUGGUAGUAGGCAUUAUGGGCGUGGUAUCGGACGUACUGCACCGCCUGGGCACAGAGGGCGCGGGUGCCCAGAGUCUCUGCAUCUCUAUCAACACCCGCUACUUCUUUGAUGACGAGCGGGACAAUGUCCGAGCAGCAGCUAUGGCACUGUUUGGGAACCUGGUGGCAACGAUAGCAGAGAAGGAGCUGAAUGGCCUGCGGUCCCAGGUGUUCCUAAGUAUGGUCCCUCUGCUUCUACACCUGAAGGACCAAUGUCCAGCUGUUGUCACGCAGGCCAAGUUCGCUUUCUACCGCUGUGCCGUACUGCUCCGCUGGCAGCCACGGCACACCCUGUUCUGCACACUGGCCUGGGAGAAUGGCCUCAGCGCCCGCCACUUCCUUUGGACCUGUCUGAUGACACACAGCCAGGAGGAGUUUAGCACCCACUUGUCGCAGGCCAUCAACUAUCUGCACAGCCAUCACCGCCACAUCAAGACCUGGGCAGCUCUGUUUAUAGGGUACACCACCUGCUACCAACCCGAGGCUGUGUCACAGAUGGUAAACGACAUGGACACCAGGCUGCUAUUCUCCACUUUUAAAGAUCUCAAAAAAGACCCGGAACCUGGCAUCCGGGAAUUUGCCACCAGACAGCUUGAGUUCCUUCGGGAGGUAUCAGCCGGAUCCGAGAAGUGA